AUGGAAAUAUUAACGUUGUUUGUUUGCUUGAUUUUGUCAUGGAUUUUCAUCCAUGGAUUGAGGCAGAGGAACAGGAAAGGUCCCAUACAUUGGCCUAUUAUUGGGGCAGGAUUAGAACAGUGGGUGAAUUUUGAUCGAAUGCAUGACUGGUUGGUCAAGUAUUUGGCUCAAUCACCAACUGUUGUUGUCCCAACGUGGUCUACAACUUAUACUUACAUUGCUCAUCCAGAUAAUGUCGAACAUGUUCUCAAAACUAACUUUGAUAAUUAUCCAAAGGGUGAAGUGUAUCAUUCAUAUAUGGAAGUUUUGCUUGGAGAUGGCAUCUUUAAUGUGGAUGGUGAACUUUGGAGGAAACAAAGGAAGACUGCUAGCUUUGAAUUUGCUUCAAAAAACUUAAGGGAUUUCAACACUGUAGUUUUUAGGGACUAUACCCUUAAACUCUUUAACAUUCUAAUUCAAGCUUCUUUCAACAAUAAGGAAGUAGACAUGCAGGAUCUGUUGAUGAGAAUGACUCUUGACUCAAUAUGUAAAGUGGGAUUUGGUGUAGAAAUAGGAACAUUGGACCCCAAUUUACCAGAAAAUAGCUUUGCACAAGCAUUUGAUGCUGCAAAUGUUAUCGUGACACUGCGAUUUAUCGACCCUUUGUGGAGGAUCAAGAAAUUUCUCAACAUAGGAUCAGAAGCUAUCCUUGAUCAGAGUAUUAAAACAGUUGAUGAUUUCACAUAUUCUGUCAUAAGAAAAAGGAAGGCAGAGAUAGAAGCAGCUCCAACCAAUGAGAAAAUUAAGCAAGACAUAUUAUCAAGAUUCAUUGAGCUAGGAAAAGACCCUGAGAACAAUAUGACUGAUAAAAGCCUGAGGGACAUUGUCCUGAAUUUUGUCAUAGCGGGCCGUGAUACAACUGCAACAACUCUAUCUUGGGCUAUAUACAUGAUCAUGACUCACGAACACGUAGCAGAGAAGCUGUACGCAGAACUGAAAUCGUUGGAAGAAAUCCGAGCUAAAGAAGAGAAUGUGUCGUUGCAUCACUAUGACGCGGAGGAUCCUGAAUCAGUUAAUCAGAGAGCAAUCCAAUUUGCAGGGCUUCUUAAUUAUGAUUCAUUGGGAAAAUUGUACUACUUGCAUGCUGUCAUUACAGAAACUCUUAGGUUGUACCCCGCCGUUCCUCAGGAUCCUAAAGGAAUAUUGGAAGAUGAUGUAUUACCAGAUGGAACAAAGUUAAAGGCUGGAGGAAUGGUGACUUAUGUACCUUACUCUAUGGGCAGAAUGGGAUACAACUGGGGUUCUGAUGCAGCUUUAUUCAAUCCUGAUAGAUGGCUCAAAGAUGGAGUUUUCCAAAAUGCAUCUCCGUUCAAAUUCACUGCUUUUCAGGGAGGGCCAAGAAUAUGCCUUGGAAAAGACUCAGCAUAUCUUCAGAUGAAGAUGGCACUUGCAAUUUUGUGUCGAUUCUAUAAAUUCAAGUUGGUGCCAGGGCAUCAAGUGAUGUACAGGAUGAUGACCAUUUUAUCAAUGGCACAUGGACUAAAGCUUACAGUUUCAGUCAGAGGCGGACCCAGGAUUUGA